ACAGCUCUGUACCGAAACACGGAACUGGCGCGAGCAUUUGAAAAAGACAAGGCAUUUGAUCGUGUUUUCGCUUUUACGAGGAUCUCAAUGGAUUCCGAAGACAAUGAACGUGUUUUACUUCUUAAGGAAAAGCUGAUGAGUUUAUCUGAAGAACUUGCUCAGUGCCAGGCAGACAAGGAGUUUGUGUGGUCACUUUGGAAGCGGCUUCAGGUGGCCAGUCCUGAUCUCACCCAGGCUGUGAGUCUUGCUGUGGAAAGAGAGAAGCAGAAGGCUGAGAACAAGGACAGAAAAGUUCUGGAGAUCCUUCAAGCAAAAGACUACAGGAUCCAAGAGCUGGAGCAGAAAGUGACGGCAGAAGAGCAGGAGAUAAACAAGCGAGUCCAGCAGUUGCGUGGCAGUGAAGAGGAGUGCACUCUAAUGAAGAAAGAACUGGCAGCUCUGCAGCACAGACUGGGGAAUAAGAGUCGACAACUUAAGGAAGCGAGGAGGCAAGCGCAGGAGUGUGAGGAGGAGGGCAGGCGUGCCCUACAGGAAGCCAGGCAACAAUUAGAUGCUCAGCACUCGGCCUCUCAGGCAGAGCUGGAGAGAUUGCGGGACCAAGAGGCCGUCAGCAGUUCCAGAGUCAAGAAUUUGGAAGAGGAAGUGUUCAGAAGCAGACAGGAUUUGCUAGAGGCUCAGAGCCGCUCAACUGCUUUGUCCCUUCAGCUAUCCUCAGUAGAACGAGAAAGAGCUGACAACGAACAACAACUCUGUCAAAUCAAGCGUGAGCUCCAGGACCUGCAGUGUCUGUACAAGCAGAGCGUAGAACAUGCAGGAGAACAGGCCCAUCUUAUUCAGCAGCUGGAGGGUCUUAACCUGGACACGCAAAGAGUCCUGCGCAGCCAGGAGGAGGCCCACACAGCGGACACCGUCUCUUACCAGAAGCUCUACAGCGAGCUGAGCGUGUCAUACCAGGCCCUUUGGCACAGCCAGGAACAGCUCCACCAGCGGGAAGCAGCCCUCAGCAUGCAGCUCAGCCAGAGAGAUCAGCAGAUCCAAGAACUCCAGGCACAGCUGCAGAGUUUCACAGCAGCCGCGGGGCACUGUGAG